UAUAAAUUAACGUGAUGGAUGGAUAUUUUAUCUUUUUCCUUCAUGUGUGUCACUAAAAAUAGCGGAUGAAUAAAAGAUGAUGUAUCUUAACAAUGUUAUUAACAUCAAGUAAUGGAUUUCUUCCCACAAAAAUGUUUUCCAUUGAAAUAUCAACAUGAGAAAACCCAAAAACAAAUCUCUCAGGGAUUGGGAAGUAACAGAAAUAUUGAUGUAGAUAAUGUAAGGGACAGAAAAUUUCACUCUCAGUAUGUUCCUGUUGAUUCAAAGACAUACUUUGCCUCAAGACCAGCUUUGCCCCUCUAUUUGUCUCCUAUGAAAGUUCCAUACCCGUUUGAAGACAGGGUUACCAAAGAAAUCAAAACUGACUACCAUGAAGUUAGUGCCUUUUGUAAUAGACUGAAAACACUGAGGGGAAAUCUGAUAAAGCCUCAAAAUACAAAGAUGCGGCAAACAUAUUCAACAGUAUUCGAUAAACUCAAAAGGAUAAAGUCCAAAGCUGUUGGUGUCCCUGAGAGGUUAAAUGAACUUGUAAAACAGUAUGAAAAGGUCAAAGACAUUCAUUGUGUUAUGACCUAUAACUCUAGUUACACAGGAGGGUGUUUGGCUCGUUUUGGUAGCCAGGCAAAUGAUGGAAGUCAACUUUUAAUAUGUCCUGCUGAUCACAAUUAUACUUCCAUUGCUCUGCUUGAACUGUGCACAAGUCCUGAGUUAAAAGUUACACAGAAAAGCAGAAUUAAUGUGGACUAUGAAAUUCAACAGCUUCAGUCCAAAUGCUGCAAAGAUCUUGACUUCUGUGUGGUGAGAGGAAGGAGCGUCUGUGAACUGUUCUCACGUCCAGAAUCAGCUGAAGCGGGUUCCAGUACACUGAGUUCUGUUGAUAAACAACAUUUUACUGAAGAGAUUCCGACCUCAGUUGAUCUGAGUGGGUAUAUACCUGGAGAGUGUGCAGUGACCACAGACAAAGGAAACCUUUAUCUCUGGUCUCCAACUCAAAGUAAACAACUUGUCAGACAGAAUGUGGAGACCAGAUUUCCUUCCUUUGAAUCCUGGCGGCAGGCCGUCUUUGGAUCAAACCCACGUCACAUUGUUAUGGCAGAUUGUACAGCCAUCCAAAUGUUUGACAUUAGGGGGCAGUAUGACUCCAGUCUUGACCUUUUUGCACUGCCCAGUAAGUUUCUACACCCUGCUGAGCGGUUGUGUUUGGUGGAGAAACACCCCUCCUCCCAUCAUUCCUAUCUGGUAGCUACAGACCAAAGCUUAUUAUUGGUGGACGAUCGAUUUCCUGGCCACCCUAUGCUGCAGUGGAAUCAUAUGCUGAGAAAUUUUCCACAGGUGACCUCUUCUGUUGUCAUGGAAACUGACAGUGUUUUAGUUGCUCUGGGGAGUCUGUUUCCAGCCGAAGUUUGUGCGUAUCAAUACAGAUAUGGUCUCUCAGCAUUACCACAGUCCAUAGGAUCUCCACGGAAAUUUUCUCAAAUAGGAGACUUUACUGAAUGGCCAGAUCUUUGUAACCCACUUCACAAGUUUGCUGCUGACCUUAGGUUUAAUGUGUCACUGACCGGAAUUUCGCUCGUCAAAACUUCCACUGGAUUUUUCUUGCUACAGGUUGACAGUCUAGGGGAACUCUAUUUUCAAGAGUUUAAAUUGACCAAUGAAAUGAAAGACCCAACAUUUUGUGCCGGGCCAAUGUCUGGAGAUCUAACUUUGGAUAAUUUUACAAUUGAGAGAGGAAAAAAGUGGACAGAAGAUUUACAUAGCUAUGUUGAUACCUGCAAAAAGUCCAUCAAGAAUGUCAAUGUCUCAGAUUUCUUCUCAGAGAUCACGCUGAGUAAGCCAGGUCACAUCUCGUGUUCCCUGUGUAUGUUGGACACCAGUGGUAUUAAUCUGUCACUGCAUAAACAGGCUCUCUGUUACUCCUGUUUACAUGAAGUUAAUGUCGCCAGAAAAAUUGCUGACUUGCAGCCUAAUAACAUAGUGCAGCUUGAUGAUUCUGCAGUAGAGUCUGACAGUGAAGAGGAUGAUGGGAAGGAUAAGGACACACUGAGUCAAAUUCUUCUUCACCAGUGGACUGAGGAGGAGGAAGAAGAGGAUUUUGAGGAGAAAUUUCAACAACUUCUCCUGACCAGGGAUGAGGAAAUUAAGGAAAGAAGGAAAAUCAGGAAAGAAUCCUCAAAAAGAUCAGUACAACAGCAGUCAACACAAGAGGGAGACACUACUACCCUUCCUGUCAACCCUGCUUCAAUGUGGGCUACAGGUAACAAAGAAUUAGAUGCUUUGAUAGCUAGUCAAGCAGCUGCACAGGAAAGUCAGUCUGAUGUAGAAGAAAGUGUGGAAGCCCACGAUUCCCUGCCUAUCAGGUCAAAGUUAACUGAGGAGGACAGAGGUGUUAAUAGAAUUACUGAACAGGAUUCAAUGUCGAGCAUCAAUCAUAAUGCAGAACAUGCUCAUUCAAAUAUAAAAACAGAGAGAACAAACUCAGGUGAUCUACAAGAAAGUGAUACUUCUGACGUGUUUGUCAGUCAGGUUGAAAGAGAUUAUCCAUUCAUGGCGCAACCAUCACCAUUGAAAAGGAAACACUCAGACCGGUUGUCCAAUCUUAGUUCUAUAUCAUUUAGGUCAGAAGGAUUCCUUUCCACUCCACCCAGAAUGUUAUCGUUUCAUUCUCCUAGGACAGAUAAGAGAUCAGGGAGAAGUGAAAAUGAGACUGUGCCUAGAGGGAUAAUAGGAGGUGACAUAAUGUAUUCAUCACCUCAGCUACAUCCAACCCCUAGUAAAAGAAGAAGACAUUCCUCUAUAUCAAGUUCAUGUAGCAAACGUUCUGUUAAGUCUAUUUCCUCUAUUCAGUCAGAUGGAUUUAGAUCAACUCCAUUACGGAUGCAUCAAUCUCCAAUUCAGGGAUCUAAAUUUAUCUCCCCGGGUAUAGGCAGUGUGUCCUCCAGUCUGUCUGACUGGAACUGUUCUAUGGACUUGUUUGAUUCUAGUCUUAAGACUUUUGAUUUAUUACAAAAUCCAGUGUUAGGCAGCCAGAAAUCUCAGGGAACAAAUGCUCCAAGUCAAUUGGAUAAUCAGAAAUCUCAGGAAUCCAGCACCCAAAGUCAUCCGGAUAGUCAGAAAUCUCAGGAACCCAGCACCCAAAGACAACCUGAUAGUCAGAAAUCUCAGGAAUCAAGUAAUCAAAGUCAACCAGAUAGUCAGAGAAAAACUAAAGCUAAAAAGAAACUCAUUACUGGCUUCUGAUUGUCUUUUAAUUAACAUUUGCUUGUUAGUGCAUGUAUUUGUAGUUGGCCUCAGACUGAAAUCAAAAGCUUUUGCUAUGAAGUACUGCCGACUGCAGUUCCAUAAAAAUAAGUCUAUGCACAAAAUAAUUUGUAUUUUGGAAGAUGCCAGAUCAAUUUGUAUGAAGUUUGAACUGUUUUGAGCUUCAUUUAGACUAGGGUUUCAGAUCCCACUACUGUAUA